AUGACUGAAGUUAAAGAUAAAACCGCCAACCCAUCUUUCGUGAAGCUCUCAAUAAAUCCACAGCCAUGGAAGCCUAUAAAUUCGGCAAGAAAGAAAGAAUCAACCUUGGAUUCUUGGGAAGACGAACAGAUUUCCUCUGAGGAUGAAAUAGAAGAUCCUCUAUCGCCAGAGCAGCCGGCAAAUUUCCCCUUGGCACCACCUGCGACACCUAUCUCCCAAACUAUAUCUUUUACUCACGAAAGCCUGAAUGGAAUUUGCGGCUACAACCUUGAGAAUGCCAGUGAUGUGCGGACUGCCCGUGGCUGCCCGAGACCUGACAAGACCGAUGCUGCCGCGAAAAGAAUGAUUGCAGGCGCCCUGGGUAUCAAACCUUCAAAGAAAACUGAGGAUCAGAUGGCGUACGAGAAAGCUGUCAAAGAAAGAGAAGUCAAGAGAAGGAAACAGGAGAAAGAAGCUCUCCAGCGGACUCAAAUAGAGUCUGAGCGAGCACAACAAGCGAUUUGGUCUGAUUAG